AUGUAUCAUACUGUCAAGCUCAGCACAAUGGAUGAACAUACACACAGAUUUUUAUGGAGGGAUUUGGAUGACAAUAGACCACCUGAUCAGUAUGCUCUUACCACAGUAACGUUUGGAGAUAAACCUAGUGGUACCAUAGCUACGCUAGCAUUGAGACGCACUGUAGAGAAAUUUGGCAAAGAAUAUCCGGAUGUGCAAGAUAUGAUUAUUAACAAUACUUAUGUUGAUGACAUACUGUAUUCUACUGAUACUGUUGAGAAUGCAUUCAAGUUAAUACAGGAUGCGGAGAAGAUAUUGUGUCAGGGAAGUUUCAGAGUUAAACAUUGGAUUGUCAGUGGGCAUUAUGAAAGCAGCAAGGUCAAUGUGAUAAAAUCUGACCAUGAGAAGAUCUUAGGAUUGAAAUGGAACCCGUUGGAUGAUCAUUUUUUCUUCACCGUAAAACUUAAUUUUUCUUCAAGAAUAAGAAAGGUCAGAAGUGGUCCGAAUUUAAAUUCAGAUGAAAUUGAUGAUAUAUUUCCAGAACAUUUGACACGCAGAAUGAUAUUGAGUCAAAUUGCUUCCAUAUAUGAUCCAUUAGGGUUUGCUGUACCAGUAUUGCUCAAAGCGAAAAUUUUGAUGAGGCUCGUGAUUUCCAAAGUGAAUCGAAAGAUGGCGGAAUCAAGUGGGAUGAUCCACUUGAUAUUUCCAUGGUUAAGGAAUGGAAGAUGUUUUUCAAGGAAUUGUAUGAGUUAG